AUGGAACCUCAAGGCCCAGCUCCGCCUCCACUUCUUCGGGCAGUUACCAGCUCAACUAGACCGCUGUACCAGCUUCUCAAAUCGAUCAAUUUCACGAACAAGGUACAUGUCGAGAUCACAGAGAACGGCCUGAGGUUCGCGGCCGACCAUGCUCGCGUAAUGCAAGGAGUUGCUCACUGGAGUCGAUCCCUUUUCACCAGUUACACUGCCCAUCUGACUCGGACACCUACCCGAGUAGAGGACGCCCAAGAGGGGGAUGAUGAGGUAGCUGAGCCCAUCAUUCCAACCUUCCAAAUUUCCCUCCCCGCCCUUCUCGAAACUCUGCAGAUAUUCGGCGCCGCCGACGCGGCCGCCCGCCAGGCAAGAGCGGAUGUGGACCCCUACCGCAGCAACCUACGCAACUACCGCUCCGAUGCUUUCAGCAACCACACGCUGGGCAUGUCCGGCACCUGCACGCUGUCGUACCCUCAAAAGGGUGACCCUUUCAGCAUUAUUCUUGACGAAAACGGCGUUAGCACCACCUGCAACCUGACUACGUACAUCACCGAACACGCCAAUGGCAGCGGAGAAGACGACGGUGACUACAAUGACAACGAUAUACCCUUUGACAAGGAGGACCUCUCCUUCAAGAUCAUCACGCACGCGCGGUGGCUGCUUGACGCGCUCGCGGAACUGGCGCCUGCCGCACCCGAGAAGCUCACCAUUGCCGCCACCAAGACGGAGCCCUAUCUCCGGCUGACUACCGCCAGCGGGCCGCUCGGCUCCAGCACGGUCGACUUUGCUAAGGGCCGGGACCUGCUCGAGACGUUUGCUGUCCGCCGGCGGUGGGCCCAGACGUUCAAGUUCGACAUGAUCCGCUCCGCUACCGAGGCCAUGCGCAUCGCGAGCAAGGUCAGCUUGCGGGGCGACGGGCAGGGGGUCCUGAGCAUGCAGUUCAUGGUGGAAGUGGAGGGGCGUGAGCCGAGUUUCCUGGACUUUAGGUUUGUACCAUACGCUGUUUGCGAGGACGACGAGAUGGGGGAGGUGGGUGAGGAGAGCGAGGGUGAGGGUGAGGGAGAAGAGGAAGAAGGGUAG